UCUUCCGCGUAGUGCAUGACGCCAUUAAAACGCGACGGCGUUGAAGUUGAAAGCGACGACGCAGUAAACAUGGAGGUCUUCGUUGUUUCUCCGUCUUUAAGAUUUAUUAACUUUACUGUUCCACACGAAUCGACGGUCAGCGACCUGAUAGGACUGCUCAGCCCCGGAGAAGGCAUCUCGUGUGUGGAUUUCUACGUGAAGAACAAUGGCCGAAUAUCAGGUGGCGACGAGAGAUUGCAAGCUGGAGCGGUUUAUCGCCUCGAGCCUCGCUUAUGUGGAGGCAAAGGAGGUUUUGGCUCCAUGCUGCGAGCUCUCGGGGCGCAGAUUGAGAAAACCACCAAUCGAGAGGCCUGCAGAGAUCUGAGUGGGCGGAGACUCCGAGAUGUCAAUCACGAGAAAGAAAUGGCCGAGUGGCUGAAGAAGCAGGCUGACCGUGAUGCAGAGAAGGAGCAGCGGCGUUUGGAGAGGAUUCAGAGGAAACUGGCCGAGCCCAAACAUCAUUUCACGGACUCCGAGUACGAGCAGCAGUGUCAUGACCUCUCCGAGAGGCUGGAGGACUCCGUGCUCAAAGGCAUGCAGGCUUCAUGCAGCGGCGUGGUCCAGGCAGACGAAAAGCCACACCGCAAACGCCCGGCUGCAAAAAACGGAAACGCGUCUUCAAAGAAGAAAUGCUUGUGGACCGGCCUCGAGGACCUUGAGGACACGGACAGUUCGGAUGGAGAGAAUGAUGAGAGUGAAGCUGAAGCUGAAGCUUCUUCCUCCUCCGCUUCCUCUUCCUCUUGCGCUGGUCCUUCCUGCAGCUCUCAGCCAGCCGCAAUACCGACAGCAGCAACUAGGGAGCAGGAGAAAGCCGAGUCUCAGGACCGACCCAGCAGCAGCAGCAGCAGUUCCAGUGCCGACUCAGCACCCUGCUCCCCGUCUCCCAGCCAGGAGAAAGCAGAAGUGAAAGAGGAACAUGGAAGGACAGAGCAUAAUGAAAAAGAAGAGUACAAACAGAAUGUCAGCGAUAAACAGGAAGUUGAGAAGGGCGUAAUUGUUGAGACGAAAGUUUGUGCAGACACGCAGCCAACUCAGCCAGAGGAAGCGGACGCUCCUUUAGACCUGCUGUCAGUGAGCGGGGUGGAGGAGCUGGAGGCUCUGGGUCUGGAGCGGCUGAAGGCCGAGCUGACAGAGCGAGGGAUGAAGUGUGGAGGGACGCUACAAGAGCGUGCCUCUCGUCUCUACUCCGUCAGAGGACUGAGUGCUGAUCAGAUCGACUCGGCGCUCUUAGCCAAACCCAGCAAGGGCAAAAAGAAAUAACCAGGACACACACAUCAUUUUUUUUUCUUUCUUUUUACUCUUUUUAUUCCCUUUUUAUGUGGUAAAAUGUAAUUUCGAUGCUGUCUCCUUGCUCACGUUAAGGCAGACUGGAAAGGAGGCUUUCUGUCUGUUAACGCAAUUAGGUGCCUUUACCCUGAUACAAUAUUGUAAGACUUCACUUUAUAAUUUCAUCCAGAAGAGAAUCAUUGUAACAUUUAAGGGAAAUAAUAAAACUGGAAUGGUUCUUUUUUUCCUCUUUGAUAUGGAUUUUGUUCAUUUUCAGUUAGUUAUUAAACUACACUUGUAUGUAUUUUGUGUCUACCGUUACUUGUAAUACUGUAAAUAAAGCUUUGGAGGAAAAAUUACAGAAAGU